AUGCGGCUUUCCUGGAUCUUGGUGGCGUUCUCCGCCGCUCUGGCUGCUGGUCAAAAUGCGACGGAAGAGUUGGAGCGGGCAAUACAGCUGGUGGCCAGCAUGCCCGAAUGUGCACGAACAUGUCUCCUAGAGGGAGUUGCAAAUUCGGGCAGGACUGGUCCUAUCAACAUAACCGCAAGCUGCAGCAAUGCAACAGCGACUGCCGGGACUGAAGCAUGCGCAAAGGCAGCGUGCACCAUUCGAGAGCAACUGACCACCAAGAACAUCACCGAAACGCUUUGCAACAGGCCCGUCCGGGAAGGAGCCCACUACUCACUCGCUAGUGUCAUUGGACUUGCAUUCGCUAUCGUAUCAUUUCUUAUGCGUCUGGCUUCCAAGGUUUCCUUUUCUUGUAUUCCUGGCUCACGGUUCGAUGCCGAUUUCUGGUGGGACGAUCUCGCAAUUGGCAUCGCUAUGCUKUUGCUCUUUCCCAUCUCUGGUCUGUCAAAUGCUCUGAAUGCGUUGGGUAUCGGGAGAGAUGUCUGGACGGUACCAUUUCAGAACCUGACUAGGAUCCUCGAACUGUACUUCAUCGCCGAGAUCUUGUAUUUGGUAACCCUACCAGCCAUCAAGAUCGGUAUUCUCUGCACAUAUCUUCGCAUUUUCCAGCAGCCACGCUUCCGGAAACUCGUGUAUGCCACUAUUGCGCUCAACGGAGCAUACGCAAUAACAUUCAUCUUCAUCACCAUCUUUCAAUGCGCGCCAGUCAACUACGCGUGGCACAAGUGGGACGGAACGAGACCUGGAUCAUGCAACAGCAUCAACGCUCAGAGCUGGGCGUCGGCCAUAAUCAACAUCAUCCUCGAUAUCGUCGUCGUGGCACUUCCGAUGCCCAUGCUGUGGGGCAUGAAUCUCAAUCUUCGGAAGAAGCUCCUUGUCAUGCUGAUGUUCGGCGUUGGGUCCUUUGUGACAAUUGUCAGCAUUCUUCGUCUCCAAACUCUCAUCAAGUUUGCAGACUCCACAAACCUCACAUAUGACUACAAGCAAGCAGGAUAUUGGACAUCAAUCGAAAUCAACACUGCCAUGUGCUGUGCCUGCAUGCCCGGCAUCCGGAACUUAAUUCGCAGAUUUCUGCCCAAACUCAUGGGUAACACCACCGGCUUUGGCGGCACCACAGGUGGAACCAAUUUAUCCGGACCCACAGCAGUCAUGAGCAGUAACCACAAAGGAGUCGAGGUUAGUGUGCGGCAACGAGACAGCGAAGACAGGACCUUCAUCCCACUCGAGAAUGUCAGUACGAAGGAUUUGAUAGAGCCGGCAAAUGGCCCUGUGAGUCCAAUCAGUCCCCGCGAACGCGCCAGCCGCAACUUCUCGCGGCCCAAAUCACAUCAGUGGGGCGGAGAAGGAUGA